CACCAUUCUUUCACGAUCACUCUUUUUAGGCUGAGCAUAUCGGGUAUCUAUUCGUUAGACCUCCACAUUCAUUCCGACAGAAAGACUCCGCCAUGGACGAAGCACAACUGGGAAAGAUAGCUCUCGAAGCCAAACAGUAUGAUGAAGCUAUCGAACUAUACACCAAAGCUAUUGCUAAACAGCCCAAUGCUGUCGACUACUACAUAGCUCGCUCGCAGGCAAGCCAUCGAAGAAGCCCUCCGAAUCGUGUCCAGGCUCUAGCAGACGCAGACAAAGCUGUCAAUCUGGCUACAACCCGUCAGAGGCGCGAGGCAAUUUUCGAAUCUCAGCAGCAGCGGUUUAUAUGUCUCUAUGGACUAGAGAGAAGAAGGUCGUGCUGCUUCAAAUAUGGGAACAGAAAAUCACCAAAGAUCAAACCGACCUGGCUCGAGAACCAAGAAAACAUGACUAUUGAACUGCUGAACGCUCGAGGGGUGCCCAAAGACCAAGCCGUUGUAGACAUCCAAGAGCGAUCUGUGUCCAUCAACUUCCCAUUGGCUGACAGCUCCUCUACAUAUGAAUACAACGUCGAUCCACUAUUCUCGGCCAUUGAUCCCUCACAGUCAAGCUACUCAGUCACACCCAAUAAGAUCUUCGUCGUCCUCAAGAAGGUCAGCCCGGGGUACUGGAAGCGCCUCGAAGGCGUAGACGAUGGUAGUACAGCGCCGACCCCCGCGCCCAGGAUACCACAGGAAGUCCUCACAGGUAGACCUUCCGCACCCGCAUAUCCAACCUCCUCACGCAAAGGGCCGAAAGACUGGGACAAGGUCGUGAAAGAAGCGACAAGGAAAGAGCCCAAGGAGGGCGAGAAGGGUCAGAAUAAGGAGGAAUACGAUGACCUAGAUCUUGAGGAUGGCGGUGACGACGUCAACUUCUUCUUCAAGAAGUUGUUCGCCGAUGCAGACCCUGACACACGCAAAGCGAUGAUGAAGAGCUACCAAGAGAGCAACGGAACGGCGCUAAGUACGAACUGGGCAGAGGUAUCGAAGGGCAAGGUUGAGACGAGCCCACCAGAUGGUAUGGAAGCAAAGAAAUGGAACUAAGCUGGCGUGAGGCGACGGAGCACGGUGUUCUUCAGACUAUCGAGCAUUACUAGGCGUACAAAAGGAUGGAGCAAUAUUGUACCAUGGAAAAUACCCAAGCAGUCUUUUCAGUUCAGGAACUUGCCCGCAGACUCAUGGAGAAUUGAUUCAUCCGGCUCAAUGAGCGUCAAAUCUUGCUUGUGAUCAUGUGUACGGUCGCACUGCAGCCUGGGUGGCGCAACUUAUCAAUCCCAAUACGUUCUCCGCGCUGUGCUUAUAUACGCACUGGAGCUAACUCUCUAUGACGCCAUCUUCAAGCCAUCUUUACUGCGUCAGUCGUACCUGGCCUCGAAGCGACGAGUUUGAGUUGAGAUCGAUGGGCGGUUAGUGAGUCAGGAGUCAGGUGAGAGCGACAUACAGAUCCCCGAGCAGGAAGACACAGACAUUGUCUAUAGCAACCGACGUGUAGACUCAUUGUGCGA